GAACAGUGUCGGGAAUCGGGAUCCAGCGACAAGAUUCUUCAGGACAACGCCCUAACGCAUUUAGUGCCGUUUACAUGGCUAACGAGUCGAAACGGAAUAGCAGUGGUCUAGCCUUAAGGAGUAGCCGGAGAGAAAUGGAGGCGGAAGGAUUCGAGACGACGAAAAUCAUUGUUGAAGAAGAUGACGAUGACCCACCAAUGUUAAGUUCUCAAGCUCUGGAAGCAUUGAAAGAGUUUAUGAACGAACAGCAGAGCAUUGUUGACGAAUCCGUAGAGAUCGAAAGCUCUGAAGUUGCUCUAGUGGCGGAGGAUUGGAGGUUGAGUCAGUUUUGGUACGAUCGAGAAACCGCCGCGGCAGUCGCGGAGGAGGUUCGCAAUCUCAGUUUGAUUACGGCUUCCCCUGUCGCUUGCAUUGCUUGCCCGACCCUCUAUGCGUAUCUCAAGAAAUAUUAUCCUGACAUCUCUGUGCAACUACUUGAGUAUGACAAACGUUUUGAGCAAUAUGGAAGAGAUUUCACAUACUAUGACUACAACCAACCCAAAGAGUUACCGCUGGAAAUGAGGCAUGGUUACAGAGUUAUUAUUGCAGAUCCUCCAUACUUGAGCAAGGAGUGUCUAGAGAAAGUUGCUGAAACAAUGACAUAUCUUGCACAGCCAGGGGAAUGCUACUUGCUUCUGCUCACAGGGGAAGUGCAAAGGGAGCGAGCAGCUGAGAUUUUGAACUUGUAUCCAUGUGGUUUCAGGCCUCAGCACUCUAGCAAGCUUGGAAAUGAUUUCCGGCUGUUUACAAACUAUGACCCAAGGGAGAGAUUAGGUGGGUGGGAGCGAGACUAGUAGGUAACAUGGUCUUUCGAUAUACAGAAACAGAUAACUAAGAUCAUCUUAGAAGUAGUGAGGAAAGACAUGUAGAGUUUAGGUAUUGACUCUAGUAUGACCUCAGAUUGAGCUGUUUGGAGGGCAAUGAUCCAUUUAGCCGACCCCAUUUAGUUGGGAAAAGGCUGAGUUGUUGUUGUUUAUCUCAUGAGUUUUGGACUACGAAGUUGUCACGGUGGGCUAUGGCAUGUGCAACUAAGAGGACCUUUUAUUUCUUGAGGAAUCAGAAGUUCGGUUUAUAUAAAAUUAGUUCAAACAGUUAUAAUGUAUGUUUCGGGUUAAAUUAAGAUCUUGUACAUAAUUAAGAUCA